AUGGCCGACAAGUCUGGUCCCAUGCUAGCCUCUGUGCCAAAUCACUCACUGACAAAUCUCACCACUGCCCUGUGGGAGCCCAAUCCUACAGUUCCUGCCAAUGUGGCCGUCGUCACGAGCUCCCAGUCACAGAUCAAAGACCUUUUCGGGUUGUUCUGUAUGGUGACCCUUAACCUCAUUGCUCUGUUGGCCAACACUGGUGUGAUGGUGGCCAUUGCUCGUGCGCCUCACCUGAAGAGGUUUGCUUUUGUGUGUCACCUUUGUGCAGUGGACCUGCUGUGUGCCAUCCUCCUCAUGCCUUUGGGUAUCAUAUCCAGCUCACCGUUCUUUGGCACUGUGGUGUUUACUGUCCUGGAGUGUAAGGUUUACAUCUUUCUCAAUGUUUUCCUCAUCUGUCUGACCAUUCUCACCAUCACAGCCAUCAGUGUGGAGCGUUACUUCUAUAUUGUACACCCUAUGCGGUAUGAGGUCAAGAUGACCAUCAACCUUGCUAUUGGUGUCAUGCUCCUCAUCUGGGUUAAGUCAGUCCUCUUAGCUUUGGUCACGCUGUUUGGAUGGCCAGCUUAUGGACAUCAGAGCUCUAUUGCUGCAGCUCACUGCUCUCUCCAUGCAAGCCACAGUCGUCUAAGAAAUGUGUUUGCUGUGAUCUUCAGCGCAGUCUGUUUCCUGGUCCCAGCGGCGGUUAUCUUUGCCGUUUACUGUGCCGUGUACAAGGUAGCUCGUUCCGCAGCCCUGCAGCAAGUCCCUGCUGUGCCUACGUGGGCAAACGCGAGCCCUGCUAAGCAUCGCUCGGACUCCAUCAACAGCCAGACCACCAUGAUCACCACCACCCGCAGUCUGCCCCAAAGACUAUCUCCAGAGAGGGCCUUCAGUGGAGGCAAGGCUGCCCUUACUUUGGUAUUCAUCGUGGGCCAGUUCUUAGUUUGUUGGUUGCCCUACUUCAUCUUCCACCUGUACAUGUCUCUGACUGGCUCCAUGCAGAGCCCCGGGGACGUAGAGGAGGCGGUCACCUGGCUGGCCUACUCCUCCUUUGCAGUUAACCCGUUCUUCUACGGUCUGUUGAACAGGCAGAUCAGGGAAGAGCUGGUGAAGUUUCGACGCUGCUGCUUGACCCAGCCGGCGGAGUUUGGGGCAUCCAGCCACGAGGGAUCCCUUCAGGAGAACUUCCUUCAGUUUAUCCAGAGAACCAGCAGCACAGCUGAAACCCCGUCCAGCUGUGCCAACUCCCUUCCCAGAAACACUACGGACCAGGGGAUAAAGAUCCCUGGACAAAUACCCGAGGAGCACGCUUAG